AUGGCGCGGACAGGCCAAGCUCAUUUCGAAGCUAGCUGGCGUUGCACAUCCUUGCACAUCCGUCCAUGCAAUCAACUGCCACGCUUCACUUGAAUCAGACAUCCCUCUUCCACCAUCACAACCAUCACGUCGUGCCUUCGUUGUGCACACAGCUCAUCGCUGCCCUCGAAACCUCCCCCGCUGAAUAUAAGACCUGCCAAGAGGGCAGGCCCGCAGCCACCACCAAUCAAAGGAAAGACCUUGCUAGUCCGCGUGCUCUUGGCACCGAACUCUUGGCAACCCUACAGGACUGAGCCUUCGCGAACAU